AUGAACACCGCUCUUCUGCUCGCCCUUGCUGCCUUGGUGGCCACCGCAGACGCCGCCGCUCCUGCUGUCCCGACGGACCGUAUGGAGCAGUUUCUGGAGGAGAAGGCCGUCCUUCAUGAAGAGUUGAAUGAGUGGAAGCAAAGCGACGCUGGGCUGUACGCCAUGGAGCAUGGCUUCGUCCCCACUGCGUCUGCGAGAAACGUGAGUGCUACGACGGACGAGGAGCUGCGUCGUUUCUUCCUGUCGAAGCUGCUGGUGGAAGAUGCUCAAGCAGCCAACCCGGAGGCUGUUUUCUCUACUGACACACCGUUCACGCUGCUGACGCACGACGAGUUCGCCAAGUUCAUCGGAGAGUCCUACCAGCGCGACUCUGGACCUCUUAAGGCCACCUCGAUCGCUGAUGCAUUGCCGUUGAACUUGACUGCUGCCUCUACUGAAAAAGACUGGACUACUUCUGGAUGUGUUGCUCCAGUCAAGAACCAAGGCGAUUGUGGUUCCUGCUGGGCAUUCGCAUCCGUGGCCGCUCUCGAGAGCGCCAUUUGUCUCUCCGGCCAGCCACUGACGCUCCUGUCGGAGCAGCAAGUGGUUGAUUGCGACAAGGUUUCGUAUGCUUGCGACAGAGGCUGGCCUAGCACUGCGCUGGACUACGCCAAACAAUCCGGUGGCAUCUGCACUCAGGAAGCCUACCCGUAUGUGUCGGGAGACUUGGGCUAUCAUCAAACGUGCAAGUCGACUUGUACCCGUCAAAAGGUGACCAUCCGUAAGGUGGUGGCCGUUCCUCGGAGCGACGCCGGACUGGUCCAAGCCAUCGAAACUCAACCAGUGGCUGUGGGAGUCGCGGCGGACAACCCGACGUGGAAGCAGUACAAGAGCGGCGUCGUGUCGUCCUGCUCGACGUCGCAGCUCGACCACGCGGUGCUGGCUGUGGGCUACUCGCCGUCCUUCUUCAAGAUCAAGAGCUCGUGGUGCCCACAGUGGGGCGAGAAUGGCUUCAUGCGACUCAAGCGUGGCAGCGGCACCAGCAGCUCCGGCACGUGCGGCAUCAUCGGCUCCUUGUCCGUCUACCCUUAA